UACUUUGUAUAUAAGAAAACCUUAUGCAACAUUUUUAUUUAACAAUUCAAUCACAACAUCCUUCUUCUUCAAUACUCUCUUGAGCUUCCUACUUAGCAUCCUCACCACACUAGCUUCAAAUCAAUAUGAUGAAAAUAGUGCUAAAGGUAGAACUCUAUGAUGAUAAAAUCAAGAAAAAAGCCAUGAAGGCAGUAUCUGGUCUUUCAGGGGUUGAGUCAGUUUCUGUGGACAUGAAGGAUCAAAAAAUGACAUUAAUUGGAGACAUAGAUGCUGUUAAGGUGGUUGGAAAAUUAAGGAAAUUGUGUCAUGCUGAAAUGGUUUCAGUUGGACCAGCCAAAGAAGAGAAAAAAGAAGAACCAAAGAAAGAAGAAAAAAAGGAAGAGGCAAAGAAAAAAGAUCCAAAAGAGGAAUUGACAGAUCUAUGGAAAGCUUAUGAAUCAUAUCAUAAUCAAAUGAGACAACCAUAUCCUUAUUAUUAUUACAGAACUGUGGAAGAAUCACCUAAUGGUUGUGUUAUUUGUUAAUAAGGCAUUGAAAUUGAAAUAUUAUAAUUAAUAUUUGAGAGUAAAAAUAAAUGAGAACAAGAAAAGAAGUUGGAAAGUUAUGGUUCAUUUUGAUGAUAUUAAUUUUUUUUUUCUUCUUGUCUUGUUUUUAGUUUUGGGUUUUUUCUCUUAGCUAAGAAGAAAGGAAUGACCAAAGCAGGGAAAUAGGAUCUGUACAUUAUUUUGUGGGUAGCAAUAUUUUAAAUUUUUGUUGUCUUGAUAUAAUACAAUGUAUUGAAAGCUAUGAUUUUUUUUUUGAAAGGAAAGCUAUGGUUUGUUGUUAUCUUGAAAAUAACAAUUGAGAGGAUUUGUUUAA